UAUUCGUGCUGACAAUCAUUGCAUACACUAUAAAGUACCUGAAACAACUUUCUGAUAUUAUCAGCCAUUUGUUACAUUCAUUCCCGUAAGUAAUUUGAACGUAUUCUUUUCAUAAUCAUAAAACUUUUAAAUUAUAGGUUAACCGUUACAUGUAUACAGUUCAACUUUUGGCGUUUUUAAAGUCUUAAUCUCUGUUUUAAACAUGUCACUAUGAUAUAAAUAGUUUAUUAACAAUAAAAAGUGGUUAUUAAACAAUUGUGCACCAUGAAGCAUGUAUCUGCCUCUGAUGAGUUGGAUGACAAUGGAAAUGAAACAGAAAGCGCCUGCAAAAGACUAAAACCUCUUAAUACUGCAGAAAUUCCUUUGAAUAAUGUUGAAAUUAAAGUGGAAAACGCUCCCAAGGCUCAAAAAUGUCCAAUUUGUAAACAGUAUGAUGAUCAAGUUGUUUUAUACAAUGGACAUCCAACCAACUCAGUUGCUGAGUACAUUGCAUUAACUGAUGAGAAAUUAAUGUUAUUUACUGGAGAUGAAGAGUGUAUUGAUCAGCAGGAUGAACGCCCUAGUCAUAAGAUAACAUUAUUUAAUAUUUAUGAUAAAUCAGGUCAUUUGGUGCCAAUUGACUCUGGUUUAAUCGAACAGGAUACUUUACUGUAUGUGUCUGGUUAUGUAAAACCAAUUUUUGAUGAAGAUGAAUCUGCUGAGAGUGGCAUACCAACACAUGACAUUGGUCCAAUCAAUGCAUGGUUCAUUUCAGGGUAUGAUGGUGGCGAGAAAGCAAUUGUAUUCUUUUCCACACCUUACGCAGAUUAUUACAUGAUGGCACCAUGUGAAACAUAUGCACCUGUAAUGAAACCUCUGAAUGAAAAAAUCAAACUAGUCAAGAUUGUGAUUGAAUUCUUAAUGGAUGAAUCAUGGCAACAACCAACCUAUGAAGAUAUUCUACAGAAACUUCACAGUUACAAAGACGCGGAUAUAAAUGAAGAGUGUCUGCUGCGUCAUGCACAGUUUGUGUGUGAUCAAAUAUUAAGCAUUGAUCAAGCUGCUGAGGAUGGCGACACGCCACUCUUGACUUCGCCAUGUAUUCGCAGCCUCGUCAAGAUGGCGGGUGUUACUUUUGCGAAACGCAAAUGGAAAACUAAAUUAGCCAAAAGCAUGCCAAGAGGUGUUAAAAAGUCACCGCAGUGGUCAAAAGCAACCACAACGAAUAUAGUCCGGGAGGUAAUGGAGAGUUUCUUCACUGAUCAAAUUGCUAAUAAUAAUGUUGAGAUGAAAGGGCAAAAGAAACGACGGUGUGGGAUUUGCGAGGCUUGCCAACAGUCUGAUUGUGGUGAUUGUAAUCAUUGUCGCGAUAUGCUGAAGUUCGGCGGCACGGGGCGAUCGAAACAAGCGUGCAAAUUGAGAAGAUGUCCGAAUAUGGCAAUACAAGCAGCGGAAGAUUCCGAUAACGAUGAUGAGAACGACGAUUCGGAGACAGUCAUUGUGGACGCGGUGGAGAUUCCCUGUUCGAAACGCAUUGUUAACAAAGUUAAAUGGAUUGGGGAUAUUGCAAGUGAACAGGGUAACAGGACAUACUAUACACAUGCUGAAGUUGGAAAUGCUGAAAUAAGAACUGGUGAUUAUGUAAUUCUCAAUCCAGCGGUUCCAAAACACCCGCUAUUGGUAGCUGAAGUAGUCUACAUGUGGGACGAUGUCGAAAAAGGUCCAAUGUUCCACGCGCAUUUUUUCAUCCGCGGGUCGGACACUGUUUUGGGCGAAACCUCGGACCCCAGAGAGAUUUUCAUCCAUGACAGUUGUGAUAACUGUCCUUUGGGUACAAUCGUGCGUAAAGCUGUCGUUGAAAUACGUUUACCAUCUCUUGAUUGGGCCAUGAAUGGAGGUAUUGAUAAUUUGCCACCGGUAUUAGAAGAUGAUGGUCAAACGUUUUACUUUUCAAAACGUUACGAUGCUGAACACGCAAGAUUUGAGGAUUUGAGGUCCGAUGAUUUUGCGGCGGAUUCCGUAUCACCUUGUGGGGCAUGCAAUGCAAAACAACAGAAACGAUUAUUUUAUACUCCUACAUUAAAAGAUGAUAUUGUUAUGUACCGUGGGGAAAAAUACACUAUAGGCAGUGCGGUAUAUUUAACUCCUGGAGUGUUCAAAUUCUUCAAAAUCAAGUGUGAGAUUGAAGAUGACAGAUCGUCAACAAGAAGCGACUUUGAUAGUGUUUUAUAUCCAGAAUUUUACCGCAAGAACUACGAAAAUAUUAAAGGAUCCAACACAGCCACAGGUGAACCUUUUUGUAUCGCGUUAAUCGAACAAAUCUUUGAGGAACACACCGCUAAAAGCCAAUCCAAUAUAAAACUCAAAGUUAAAAAGUUCUACCGGCCGGAAAACACUCAUCGGGGAGAGAUUUUAAAUCGACAGUGUGAUUUGAAUAUGUUGUAUUAUAGCGAAGAAGAUGAAAUAGUUGACUUUAACGACGUACAAGGUAAAUGUUUUAUUGCUUAUGGUUACAACAUUGAGGGGUCUCUGGAUGAAUGGAUGAAGCAAGGACCUGAUCGGUUUCAUUUUCUGGAAAAAUAUGAUUCUGAGACUUUGUCUUUUGAAGAAGUUCCUCCCUGUGCGAUGAAGAUUGGUCAAUGCGGGAAAGGGUCGAAGAAACAAAAGAAUAAAAGCACGAAAGUGACAAGCAAACCUUUGGAAGUUGCACCGAAUUACGAAGAAAUUGAGGCGUUGCGGUGUUUGGAUGUCUUUGCAGGAUGCGGGGGGUUGUCGGAGGGAUUACACCAGAGUGGAGUUGCCAAAACACUUUGGGCUAUUGAAAAAGAUGUUGCUGCUGCAAAAGCUUACAAGUUAAAUAAUCCCGACGCGAACGUCUUCACCGCCGAUUGUAACCAGCUGCUAAUGGAUGUGAUGGAGGGCAAUGGUGCGACAUCGGGCAUGCCGGCUAAAGGCGAAGUCCAAUUGUUGGUGGGCGGGCCGCCAUGCCAAGGAUUCUCCGGCAUGAAUCGCUUUAAUGCCGGACAAUACUCGUUAUUUAAAAAUUCCCUGAUUGUUUCGUAUCUUUCCUACUGCGAUUACUACCGUCCGAAAUAUUUCAUCCUCGAAAACGUUCGGAAUUUCGUCUCGUUUAAGAAGAGUCUCGUGUUAAAGUUAACGUUAAGAUGCUUAUUGGCAAUGGGAUAUCAGGCGACUUUUGGCGUAGUACAAGCGGGACAUUAUGGAGUGCCACAAACUCGCAGAAGAUUGAUUAUCUUUGCGGCUGCACCAGGAUGCAAGUUACCGAAUUAUCCUGAACCAUUGCAUGUGUUUAGCAAGAGGGGAUGUCAAUUAUCGGUACAAAUUGGUGAUCAUCGAUACACAAAUGGUACACGCUGGAUCGGCGCCGCCCCAUUCAGAACAAUUACCGUUUAUGACGCCAUGGCUGAUUUGCCACCGAUUAAAAACGGCUCAGGCAUUCGUGUCCUGCCCUACGGUUCAGAAGCUAUAACACAUUAUCAACGUCAGAUGCGUGGAUCAUCUCAGACGAGUACAAUCACUGAACAUGUAUGUAAAGACAUGGCGCCCUUGGUUGAAGCACGAAUGUCUUACAUCCCGCUUGCAGCCGGCAGUGAUUGGCGUGAUUUGCCUAACUUGGUCGUGCGGCUCACAGAUGGCUCUUAUACUAAUACACUGCGAUACUCGCACCUCACGAAGAAACAAUCUAAAGAUGAGACGCCGAGAGGCGUGUGUCUCUGCGCGACCAAGAAAGGUUGUUGUGAUCCCUCCGACAGGCAGUUCAAUACUCUGAUACCGUGGUGUUUACCACAUACUGCGGAUCGUCACAAUCAUUGGUCCGGGUUGUAUGGACGCUUAGAGUGGCAGGGUUAUUUUAGUACGACGGUGACGAAUCCUGAGCCUAUGGGUAAACAGGGUCGUGUUUUGCAUCCGGAGCAGCAUCGGGUUGUUAGUGUAAGGGAGUGUGCGAGGUCACAGGGCUUUCCCGAUAAGUAUGAGUUUGCUGGCAGUAUUUUGGACAAACAUCGACAAGUGGGGAAUGCCGUGCCGCCGCCUUUAGGGGCGGCGCUUGGCCGGGCGAUUUUAAAGGCGUAUUACAAUUCUAUAUAUUUUUAAUUAUCUUUUAACUGUGAUUAGUAUAAUUUUUUAGGCGGGAACAAAUUUACAUUCCAAUAAUAUUAACGUUCCACAAUUUUACUAUUAAUUAAUUUAUAUUUUUAGUGUUCUGAAAAUAGAGAGUUCUUCCCAGGUUUAUUUUCAUUUGCUGGCACGAGCCGAAGAAUAAUGAAAAUUACAAUGUUCAAUCGUGUCAUGGGUCCAAAUAUUUUACUCUGCAUUAAUUGUCACUUGUGUAGUAUACAAGGAGUCUGAACGUAAUUCAAACGUUUUCGAAGUAAAAUAUAAGCAAAACAAAUUCUGCAGCUUUCUUUGAUUUAUUUUUGAUUAAUUGUUUUAUAUCGUGUAUCCAACAAUUGUGCUAUCUUGAAAACUCCGGAGAUGCGCCCACGCGCGGUUGGAACAUAGAUAGUUUCGACUUUAUUCAAACGAUUAGUUUAAUGUUCCAAAAUAAGUUUAAUAAAAGUAUACUUAAUUAUUAUA